AUGUUACCAGCAAACCUCAAAGAAUGGACUCAUGAACAUGCCGUUGAAUGGGUCCAAGAUCGGAUAAGAAAGUAUCGCUACGAUGCAGACGUGGCCUCCUUGCAGGACUUUGUUGAUGGAGAGGAGCUUUAUCUUGCUGGAUCAUCACCCGACGCGUUUGUUCGAUGUUUCUCGGAGGCACCCCAACAUAUCCGAGAUGAUGAAACAAGAACAAGGGACAGAGAGAUCGUUCUAGGUGUUCUCUUCAAAGAUUUGCAAACGAGAACCUCUGCCAUACCAGCUCCCGGUGCUGCAGGAGGAGCUGGUGGCCAAGCGCAGACACUUCAGCAGGUCUUGAUAAAUGGCAUUGAGGAGAUCAAGAGGUUGGUCAAACAGAAGAAGAAGGUCUCGGUUUCAAGAAUCUCUCAGACCGAUUUCAAUCUGUUGAACCUCGGUGAGGUGCGUUAUCUUCCCUACCAUCAAGAAACAAUCCCAACAUACACCGCACUCGGUUGGGAGAAGGGAAAGGAGGAUUCUAAAGAGAACAUGCGCAAUGUCCUUGCUAGAUUCAAAGAGCUGACCACACUCCAAGGGGCCCACUUUGUUUCUGUUGCAUCAAAGACUCUCUUCAAUGAGGACAUGGAGGAUCUUGAGAUCACUGGAGGAACAGACAUUCUUGUUUGCAGAUCCCCCAUUCGUUCCCGUGACAUUGCAUUGACUCUGAUGACAGAAACUCAGGUCCACAUUGAACUCAAGAAGCCAACAAAGGUCAGGAAAACAGAAUCUCUCCAGCAAUUCCUCACUCAGCAUCUUAUCAUACAGCUUCACUCCAAAUUCUCAAUCCUCUCAUUGCUCACAGAUAUGGGCUCGAAUUGGUUCAUUGCCUGGACUAUCACUCUUGGUGACAAAUCAAUGAUUGCCACUUGCAAUUUGCCAUGGAAUCACGCCAUCAGAUCCAUCCAGCUCGUUGUACAUAGAAACAUGAGCCUCAAUGUUGUCAACCCAGACAAGUGGAACAUUACCCAGCUGCUGAUCGAAAGCAACCUCAUCACACCCCAGCCGACUGCUCAAAUCGAUGACAGCUCCGAUGAAGAUGGGGACGACAACGAUGGCGGUGACGAUGGCAGUGACGAUGACAGUGAGGGUGACGACAAAGAUCCACCCAAAGAUUCACGUAAGAGGAAGGGACCAACAUCCUCAAACAAGAGUCAACCGAAGCAGCCCAAGAACCAAGCAGCCAAGAAGCCAGCAGCCAAGAAGCCAGCAGCCAAGAAGCCAGCAGCCAAGAAACCAGCAGGAAAGAAGAGGUCAAAGACACUUGGAAUCACAUCACCACACAACGGAGGAUCAAUGAGCGAUGUCGCGAAUUUACAAGAUGUCGAUUACCUUUUGGACAAGGAUGACCUCGCUUCAAUGCAACGGGCAGGAAUUUAUAGAAUCCUGAGAGCAAUGGUCCCGUAUUUGUCUCGAGCAGGUCCUAACAGCAAUAAGAUAAUUAUUUGA